GUAGCUCCAAAAAGCGGUGGGUCUACUGAUCUAAUAACUGGAGAAGGUACCAAUGUAUUCGAUGUUUGUUGCCCUCGAUGUGGCAGCGUCGUGUUGCGCAAGAAUUCCGCCAAAUUGAUCGAACGACAGUGUAUUUCUGUACUCAAGCGCCAUCGUGCUGCUGGCCCUGACGAUCUUCCUCCUGUUCUGUUUUAUGACGACGGCUAUUGGGGUGAGUGGAGAAACGUACCCAUUUUCAAAAAGGGCAUUCGCGGUGAAUGUAAUGACAACACGAGUGUUAGUUUGACUCCUGUUGUGACAAGGCUUCCUGCUUCACCUAUUCUUCGUCGUCAUACAGCGGCACGCGAAUCCUUGACCGAUGACCAUCGGCAAAGCAUUCCUGUGUAUGCGAAAAAGUCCGAACUAUCCAAUCCGUCCAACGAAUUUCCUACAGAUAUGAUAACGCAGUUCUGGGCUGUGCACGAUAUGUACACAUUCGAAAACGUUGGCUUUACGCACUCGGUCAAUGCGAUUCGAUACCUGACCUGUGCCGACUGUGAACUGGGGCCGAUUGGAUUUCAAGACAUGGCAGAGUGUCAGCCAGCGGCAUACUACGUCGCACUUUCGAGGACGUGUCACAGGGGCCAGAGUGCGGGGGAGAGCCAAUAGCGUGAAUGGUUUUCGCACCCAUGUUGACUUCGGGGGUGCGAUACUGUUCAUUAGAACCGGUGUUGAACUCCCAGUGUGUACAGUUUAUACCUUCUUCUCGAACAAAUGUACGAUCGUCGACCACGAUGCUUUCAUUUGAUAAUGGACUGGUGUGUUUUUCAGCUAAUUUUCCUGUCUCUACCUGUUGUGUUAAUAUUUACCAUUCCUUUUGUGACUUGUUAUUCCUUUGCCGGGUUACAG